GAAACGCGGAAGCAGCGCGAGCGCAUUCCACGUCACUUGAGGUGGCUUUAGCUCGAGCGAGCCAGGCUUGUGACUUGAAAAUAUAGCGCUUUGACGCGAAACUCGCCGGAUGUGAUGCCACGGGCAUUGCGGCUUCACGCUCAAACUGACAGCGCAGCGGAUCUCGGCGGGCUGUAAACACGGGUUUCAUCUCAAGAGCGUCUGAACUGGUGCUCGAUUUAAAUGGGCGAAUCAGGGACACGCCGCUCCACCCUGGUCUCCAGGCUUCCCAUCUUUAGACGUAGCGUGAGAAAGAGGCAGGACUCGCUCCCCUCCUCGCCCUCCUCCGGUGGUGUGGGCAAUGGCGUCCACACUUCCUCUCCCUCCAGCACCAAUUCCAGCUCCAGCAGCACGGGCAAACGCCGCAGCCUCUUCCGCACACCGUCCCUCAGCUUCCACAGCAAAAGAAACAGCGACCCGACCCAGCUCAGCCUGGACAAUCGCAGCCAGGGCUCCGAUGCCACCUUUCGAGAAGGUUCCAUCACAAAGACGCGCCAUUCGUUCGGAUUCGGCGGGCACAAGAAGAAGAUCACCAGAUCUCAGACGGAAGACCUCGAGAAAGUGUCCACCAAUCGCAGCGUGUUUAUUAAUUGCAUCAGCUCAGGGACCAACGAGGGAGAUGAUUCUGGGUUCCUCGACGAUGUGAGCAGCAAGAGGUCUUCCAAACACAAAAAGCAGCUGCUGCCCAAGUCCUUAUCGGCUCACCAACGGUUUUCUAAGAACUCAUCUAAUGUCCCUGACAAGGGUAAAGGUCAGGAUGCUGUGGAAGAUCCUCCUAAAACUGGUACCCCGGGUUCUUGGCCUGGAGAACUUGCUGAGAGUUCUCUACAGUCGCCCAUGAUCUCAGAAGACCGCACCACGGCAAUAACACCAUCCGAUUUUGUUCAUGUUACCGAAGACUCCGUCUCGGAAGUGGACGCUUUGCCAGUCCCCAGUCCAGCCGCUCCGCCCGAAAACUUCAGCCAAGCUGUUUCUACCUCGCAGGUGUCCUUCACCCCAGCCCAGGCCAGCACGGAAAAGCACUUACUGCCAGAUACCAGCCACACAGCCAACACACAGUGCGAGAGCACCACUGCCCAUACAGAACCUGUAACGCUGCAAACAGUGCAAGAGCUGAACCCUAACACUAAUCCUGACCGGUCGGAGGCCAGUGAGCUUGAGCAAGCUCCAGAACUGAGCGAGGACAGCAGCUCCAAUCCAGAUGCCCGUGAGAGGCGGUCCAGGAACACCGUGCUCAUCCAGCAGGCAGGAAGAUCAUCAGGCCUGAGCAAACUGGAGACCAGGCCAAGUCACCUCAGAAAGCCACACACAGUGUCCAUGUGCAGCAGCGUGAGCCCAUACCAUGAGGUCAUGCGCAUGGAGAGACGUCUGCGGUCAGCCUCUGAGGGUGCAGGGGGACCCAGACUUCACCUCAAUCUCAGGGAUCCUCACUGCAUGGAGGGCAACACUUUAUCUAAGCAGAGAACCAGUUCCUCAUCUUCCAAACUGGGCAGCCUUGAUGUUUUGAAUAACCUUGGCUCAUCUGAGUUGGACGAGGAUGACCUGAUGCUGGAUCUCGACCUCUCUGAUGACCAGCGACCUCACCAUGAUCAGUGGUUCUCAGCCGGUUUUGCUUCAGGACCCAGAUUACACAUUGGACAAGUGGCGACCCAACAAACCUCACGGGAGGAUUCCAGUCAAUCCCUUGCAUCAUGCCUCAACUUGCUGCCUUCGCCCCUGGAGGCCUCCACCGAACGGACCCCUGGACGAGAUCCCAAGGAGCCCCCCCUCAGGGAGCAGCGACCGAUGUCCCUCUGUCUGUCUCGUGAUGAUGAACCUUUGCCCGGGCUGGAAAUGCUGCCGUUCAGGCUGAUGCAGCAGGACUGCACAGCGGUAAAGACUCUUUUGCUGCGGCUACGGAGGACCCUGCAGGAGAGCGCUGAGAUCAGUCCUGCCAGCAGCCUUCACUCUCUACCCAUAAGCCCCUGCAGUGAGAAAUCACUCCCCUUUAAGGAUCCUGGGAGAGAAGAGAACCAGAUCCUGCAGCAGCAGCUGAAGGAGAAAGACGAGCUCAUUGUACGACUUCAGGCUGAAUUGGAAUCCACCCGCUCUGCUCUGAAAUCUCUUUGCCAAAAAGCUGACAAAAGCACUCAGACAGAUUUCUUACUCUCAGAGUAAACAGAAGCAGCCCGCGCCGGCAGCACAAUGCAGGUCCUGUGCUGUCAGAGAGAACAAGACAAGGACUGUAAAGAAUCUUAUCUUCCCUAAAGCUGACAGCUGUUGGAGGGGCUCAAUAGGGGGGAAAGCCUUUGAAGUGUGUUCAGUUACUCCACACAUCAAAUCCAGCCUCCAUCAUGCCUCAUCAUCUAGAAACAAGGCUCAGACGAAACUCGCUGAACGGAGCGCCCCACCCUGUGCACCCGCUCUUACGUUGUCUUUCAACUCCUCUUGUUUCUCCUUCACAUCUUCACCGUCUCGUUUUUUUUCCCCCCUCUUACAGCCAUCCAUUUUGUUUUUAUAUUUUUCAAGAGUCUCUUUUGCAGGCCUGGAGAAUCGAUCAGCCUUUCUCCAUCGAUCACGGUUUCAUCACACAUAAACGUGGAGUCUUUUUCUGUAGCUGACAUUUUCUUUCUCUUAAUCCCCCCACAGAAGAACAGCGCUGUUCGGAUUGCUCUGCUAAUCGUCUACCAAACGAAUUAGCUGGUUACUGAGUUCAGCUAGGUUAUCUAGAUUUUCUUGUUUGUUGUUUGUUGGGUUUUUUUUUUGGCAAGGGGAUGAGCAAGGAUUCGCAACUUCUCAGAGGGGAUGUUUAGCAUGCUGAGAGUGCCUUAUGCUUUAAUGUGCUGUCAAAAGGCCUGUCAAAAAGCUUAUGUAACAAAUCUAUUAAGUUGAACAAUAACUUUCAGGGCAGUUACUGUCGUAAUUCAGAUCUGAUGUUCAUCUGCUGUGUUUGUGCUAUUAUGCAUAAGAUGUAGGUCUUCCUUUAUUUAUUUAUUUAUUUUUAUUUUUUUUGUAUGAAUGUUAAUGGUUUUGUACAGGGUUUAGUCUGUAUUAUCUCUCAAUACUUUCAAUUUUCAGAUUCAGCCUGCUCUGUUUGUAAUCGAGAUCUUCAGUUUAUCACAACCGUAUUGAUUUAUGGCUGAUAAUAUACAUGUUACCUGGAAUAUGUAAAUUUGCUGGAAUUUUUACAUUUACAUUGCAUUUGCUGUUAUCUAAUGCUCACUUACAUUUCAUCUAAAAAGCACAUAAUAAGUAUUAAAUAACAUAUUUAUAUAUUGAAAGAUCCAUUUAUCCAUUUUGUAUCAGUUAAUAUUCACUUGAAUUUAGAUUAAUUUACAUUUUUAAUUGAGAUGGUUUUCUU